AUGGCAUCCGCGACAACCACAAUCCUCCAGACCGUGACUCGUACCAUCUCCUCAGUCUCUGGUCCUCCAGCAUCCGGUACCAGCAAUGCAUCGGCAGAUCGUGCACCACCACAAGGCGGUGUUUUUGAAGGUCUUAACCCGACACAUUAUGACACCAAAAACCCGAUUACGCUGUUCGUCAUACAGGCGGUCAUUGUUAUUGCAUUUACGAGGCUGUUGCACUGGCCGUUGUCAAAGCUACGGCAGCCGAGGGUGAUUGCGGAGGUUAUUACUGGCAUCCUCCUAGGCCCCUCAGUCUUCGGCCGCAUCCCAGGCUUCACACAACACAUCUUCCCCACUGCCUCAAUGCCUGCCUUCUCACUGGCCGCAAACAUUGGUCUUGUUCUCUUCCUCUUCCUCGUCGGCCUCGAAGUCGACCUUCGCUUCCUGGCCUCCAAUUGGAAAAUCGCACUUUCAGUCGGUGCAGCAGGAAUGGCUCUUCCCUUCGGUCUCGGUGUCGGCAUUGCUUAUGGCCUCUACCACGAAUUUCGUGAGGAUGAGGGUAUCAUGCCUAUCAGUUUCGGCGUGUAUGCAUUGUUCAUCGGUGUCGCGCUUGCAAUUACUGCAUUUCCGGUCCUGUGCAGAAUUCUGGUGAGUUUGAAACUACUCACUACGCCUGUGGGUGUGAUUGUUCUCUCAGCAGGUGUGGGCAACGAUGUCGUCGGCUGGAUCUUGCUUGCUCUCUGUGUUGCUCUGGUGAAUUCCGGCGCUGGACUGACGGCACUGUGGAUCUUCCUCGUUGCGAUCGCGUACUGUCUUUUCCUGGCUUUUGCGAUCAAGCCUGCCUUUCACUGGAUCCUACGAAAGACGAAAAGCCUGGAAAAUGGUCCGACUCAGGGUGUUGUCGCGCUGACUAUCCUGCUCGUUUUAGCGUCUUCAUUCUUUACAAACAUCAUCGGCAUUCAUGCUAUUUUCGGCGCAUUUAUGGUGGGGUUGAUUUGCCCCCAUGAGGGUGGAUUCGCGAUCAAGCUCACGGAGAAGAUUGAGGAUUUGAUCUCCGUGUUGUUCUUGCCACUUUAUUUCGCGUUGUCUGGUCUGAGCACCAAUUUGGGUUUGUUGGAUAAUGGCAUUACCUGGGGAUAUGUCGUUGGCGUCACAGCAGUUGCUUUCAUCGGGAAGAUUGUUGGUGGCACGGUCGCGGCACGACUCAAUGGUCUCGUGUGGAGGGAGUCUUUCACCAUCGGAUGCCUGAUGUCCUGCAAGGGUCUUGUCGAAUUGAUCGUGCUGAAUAUUGGUCUUCAAGCGAGGAUUUUGAGUCAGCGCACCUUCACUAUUUUCGUGGUCAUGGCACUGGUUACGACGUUUGCCACAACACCGCUUGUGGUGUGGUUGUAUCCUGAUUGGUACCAGGAGAAGCUCGACUUGUGGAGGAAAGGCAAGAUCAAUUGGGACGGUACACCGAUUUCGGCGACGGUCGAGCAGGGCGAUAGUGCUGAGGAGAUGGAGGUGGAUGUUGCGAGUCGUGUCUUGGUGUACCUCAGGACUGAUGGGUUGUCCAGUCUGUUCAAUAUCAUCGGGCUGUUGACAGGAAGAAGACAGAGUUCUCAACAAAAGACCACUCAAUUAACUAAUACUGAGAAAAGAGCAAGUGCGAACAUGGAUGAAAAUCACUUGAAGUAUCAGAGACCACUGCGGAUUCAUGGUCUGAGGUUGAUGGAGUUGACGGAAAGAAAUUCAUCAGUCAUGAAAGUGUCGGAGUUGGAGGAGUAUGCGACUCGCGACCCGAUCAUCAAGGCAUUUGGGUCUUCAGCACAUGGCACAGCGAGAGACGUGACGAUGUCAGGACAAAUAGCAGUUGUGCCUGAUCAUUCGUUCGCUAACACUCUGGUGCAAAGAGCGACCAACACACGCAGUCACCUCAUUCUUUUACCCUGGAGCGAGACUGGCUCUGUCUCCGAAAUCCCUUCUUCAUUCGACAGUGCCCCGCUCGGCGCAAACGCUGAUCCUCUAGCGAACAGAUCAUUCUCAUCUCUGGUGGUUAGUGUCUUUGACGAAGCUCGGAGCACUUGCCAUGUUGCAAUUUUCGUUGAUCGAUCAUUGCUCAGGCAAGGCGUUUCCGAUAAUGAUGGCCAGAGCAGUCCAGUCCACGAACGAGCAACACGACAACUCAGCAGGACGUGGACGGGCGUGGCUAGUAUGCCAGACCUCCAUGAGAACCAGGGCAUGCUGUUCAAGAGCAGCGACAGCAACGUCAUGGCACAAAUUCGAGUGCUCUACACAGGUACAGCUGACGAUCUUUUCGCGGUGCGUCUGGCAUUGCAGUUAGCGAAGAAUGGCGGUGUUACUGUCCGCAUCAUCAAUGUGAUUGGUGAGCAGAUUGACACCACAACCACCAAGUCAGCUUUCUCCUUGGGCAGGCGUAAGGAGGCCACACCUCUGCAAGAGCUUGAGCAUGAAAUUUCAGAUCUGGUCAAGAACAAUGUGACGUUCGAAGAUGUCAACACUACCGCAUCAAGUGCAGUUGUUCUCGACGCACUAUUGUUGAACUCAGCCUCUGAUUCUGGAGACAUCACAGUCCUUGUCGGCAGGAACGUUGCAGCACCACAGAACCAAGGAACUCCAUCUAGCUCGACGUUACUCGAACGGCCGAACGUGCUGGGCGGAUUCACGAGUAACCUGGUAGCGAGGAUGAGAGGGUAUAAGAUAGCAGCGAACUUGUUGGUUGUACAGGCAAAGUUACCUGUAGUAGGUAAAGGGUCAGAGCUGGUGGGCAAGCAUGUAGGUGGUAGUGAUGAGAGUUUGGCGAUGGGAUCGUGA